CCAUGCGCGGGCGGCACCGCCGCCACGGCUGCCGCGGCGCUCUGAGGCGGAGCGGGCUGCGCUGUGCUGUGCUGGCCGUGCCCUGCUGUCUGCGGCUCACUGUCCCCUUUCGACCGAUGCAGAGGAGCCGGUAAAGAAACUACCACAUCGGUCGGUAUUCCAGCAGAGGCAGAGCUGCGGUACCCGCGCUCCUCUGCAGUUUGCAGAUAAGGACGAGGCAGCCUGUUAGAGGAAGAGGUCUCUGCUGUAGAUGGUGCGCUGAGUCAUUUUCACGAGAGACUGCUGUUCCACUCUGAAGUAAAAAUACAUUGAAGAAUUGAAGGUGUGAGAGUGCACCAGCAUUGUCCUGGCUAGAAAGCUACUCCUCAAGUGAAUGUAUUGAAGAUUUCUAGACUUGGUUGGACAAAUACCUCUACCUCCAGUUUUAUGAAUACUGCUCGCUAUGGCUGUGGAACUCUGUUUGCUGCUGCUGCUGUUUUGUGGAAGUACAAUUUCAGAGGUACAGCCUAUAUACAAACCACCUCCUGGAACUUUGGAUUUUGGAUUUGUACCAGCCAAGACCUAUGAUACAGGUGCAUACCAUGAACCUGGGGCAAUAGGAAUUUUGUUUAAAAUAGUACAUGCAUUCCUGUACUUAGUGCAACCAAAUACUUUUCCUCAAGAUCUCAUCAGAAAACUAGCACAGCAGCAGUUUGGAAAUACGCAGGGCGAUUAUCAAAAGCCUGAAAAUGUUGUCCUGACUCUUCAGGCCAUCUACUAUGAAAUCGGUUUUAUAGUCUCCGCAGCCUUGGGAUUGCUAUUUAUUUUGUUACUGCCUCUUGUGGGACUUUGCUUCUGUAUGUGUCGUUGCUGUGACAACUGUGGUGGGGAAAUGCAUCAAAGACAGAAGAAAAAUGCUGACUGUCAGAGGAGCUGUUUUGCAACAUUUCUUUUUGUUGCUUCUUUAAUAAUAAGUGUUGGAGUGCUCUGUGCAUAUGCUGCCAACCAGCAUUUAACUAACCAAGUCCGAGGAGCAAAGAAACUGGUUAACAGUAAUUUUAAAGAUCUGAAAAUUUUCCUUAACGACACUCCAGCGCAAAUUGACUACUUGGUGAACCAGUACAACACAACUAAGGAUAAAGCAUUGUCUGACCUAAAUAAUGUUGGACCUGUGCUUGGAACCAGAGUUCAGGAACAGCUGGGAAAAGAAGUGCGUCCUGCGCUUGAUGCAGCUCUGACAAUGGCAGGAGCCAUCAGAGAAACAAAGGAAGCACUAGAAAAUGUGAGUGUCUCUGUAGAGGUUUUGCAGGAGGGAACAGAGAGACUUCAUGCAAACUUGACAGAUGUUAAAAUGCACCUGAGCAACACCCUCAAUGACUCUGCCUGCAAUGCAGCGCAGGCUGCCUCAACUUGCAACAUCAUCAGGAAUUCGUUAGCUCAGCUGAACAUCAAUGCCAAUUUUAGCGGGUUGCCAGGUGUGAGCUUGCAGCUUGCAAGGAUCAAUGAUGUCCUUAAAAUAGACCUUUCUAGUCUGGUUCAAAAGGGUUAUGCAGCCUUUAAUGAUACUCCAGACUUGGUAGUGAAUCAAACCAGGAACAUUUUAUCAGACAUCAAAAGUGUGCUGGAAUCCAUUGGUUCAAAUAUUACUACCUUCACAAGAGCGCUCCCUGUUCAGAAGAUUUUAGCAGAUUUGAUGGUGCAUCUUACGCAGAGUGAGGCAUAUGUUCAAGAUUAUUUUCCACUAGUGGAGCAGUAUGAUUUCUACAGGUGGCUGGGUUGUCUCAUUCUGUGCUGCAUGUUGGUCCUGAUUCUGGUCUUUUACUACCUUGGAUUGCUGUGUGGCACCUGUGGGUAUGAUAAACAUGCUUCUCCAACAACCAGGGGCUGUAUCUCCAACACUGGAGGAAACUUUCUCAUGGCUGGUGUUGGAUUCAGUUUUCUUUUCUCCUGGGUGCUGAUGAUUGUAGUGGUGCUCACUUUUGUCACAGGCGGAAAUGUAGAAAAAUUGGUCUGUGAGCCCUUUGAAGAUAAAAAUUUAUUCAAGGUUUUGGAUACACCUUACUUACUAAAUAAGCACUGGAAAAACUAUCUUGCUGGCAUCAUCUUUAAAAAUCCGAAUGUUAACUUGACUUUUGAGAAAGUGUACAGUGAUUGCAAGGAAAACAAAGGAAUUUAUACUUCCCUUCACCUAGAACAUCUGUUUAAUAUCAAUGAGCUUUUAAAUAUUAGUAUGUAUACAGAAGAUGUAGCACUUAAAAUUGAACACAUUCAGAUAAACCUCAGCAAAAUCAUUCUGCUGGAUGAAAUUGGGAAGGAGAAUCUUCUGAAUUUCAGCUCUUCAGGAAUAGAUGGAAUAGACUUUUCAGCAUAUUUGACAGAGAUCAAUAAAAGUGUUACCAAGGUUGAUCUUCUCUCAUUUGCUAAUGAUUUAGAAGCGAGAGCAGACCAGCUGCCAAAAGGAGCCCUGGAAAACGCCUUAAAAGGACAUGCAAACAACAUUCGAAUGAUUCAUAACCAGCAAGUUGUUCCACUGGAGCAAGCUAUGAAAUAUGUUAAAGCUAGGAGCACUUUAAAUCAGAGCAUUAGGUUACUGAAGAGGACAUCAUCUGAACUUAUGGUUAAGGUGAAAAAUGUCAUUAGUGCUGUUAAUGCUGCCCAGGAUCUCAUAAAUAACAAUGCUUCCCAAGUUAUUGUCCAGGAGACAAAAAAGUACAUGGACACCAUAAUUGGCUACUUUGAGCAGUACACUGAGUGGGUCAAGGAGUCGAUAUCAAUGGAAGUAGCUGCAUGCAAGCCUAUUGCCAAUGUGAUAGAUACAGCAGUAGAUAUUUUUUUAUGCAGCUACAUAGCUGAUUCUGUGAAUACCUUCUGGUUUGGUUUGGGAGGCUCUUCAAUGUUUCUAAUUCCUGCCAUAAUUUUUGCUGUAAAACUCUCUAAAUACUAUCGUAGGAUGGAUACAGAGGAUGUUUAUGAUGAUACGGAAAAUGGUAAUAAUGGUUAUCAUAAAGAGCAUUUAUAUGGUAUACACAAUCCUGUUUUUACAAGCUCUGUGGAACAGUGGUAACACAUUGGAAAUGUUGAGGGGCUAUAUAAAUGAGGCUCAAGACUCUUCUAUUGGAGUACAUAAUUGUUCUUCCAAGGGUGUUGGCAUUUCCAUUCAUCUGACAGAUCCUGAGCCACUUGUUUUAUGUCAGCUGUACUGUAAAUCCCAAAUGUACUAUUGAAUGUUAUGCCAUAAACUACUGUACAGAAUAUUUUGUGAUCAGGGCACUGCCUCUCAAAUACCACUGUUCAAGGCUUGGAUUAACAUGGUUUUUUGGUUUUUUACUUUUUUACACUGGGCUUUCUACCUUACAUCACAGUAUAUAAAUUAAUUAGAUUAACAGCCUUUGCCUAGGAAUUCUCUUAAAAUUGUUCAAGUUCUUAUCUUAAAUUGUUGAUUUGUGUUAAAUACAGUACAUACACGUUUACAUAAAAAUACAUUUUGUAUACCAGAGACUUUUGUAUAUACAUUUUUCUUAAAACUUCUAAGUGUUUAGUUAAGAUUUUAAUAUUGUAUUAUACUCUUCACAAAUGAAUUUACCAGCAUGAUCAGUGUUGCUAUUUGGUGCUCUUGAAUGACUACAUUGGACUAAAUUUGGAUUGUAAUGGGGUCCACAGUGUCUCUUUGUGUGUCUGAGAAGCUCAGUUGUAGUUUUGUCAGUUUUUUUCUUUUCUUCUCUUUUCUUUUUUUUUUCUUUUCUUAAUUAUUUAAUAUUUAGUGGGUUUUGCUGUAUAGACCUGAAAGGGACUUUUUGGAGAAGUUUGUUUUUAAACUUUGGGUGGGAGGGUUGGGGGUGUGUGGGAUGCAUAAUAUAGUGAAAAAGCUAAGCUUUCUAGAGUUCAGUAGUACUCAAAAAGAGCAUGAGGGAUGUCCUAUGUUGGCAAUUUUUGGAAUGCUUUACAUUCUCUAACUUCCUUUUCUUCUUUCACGCCCACUUCUGUAAUGUCCUUAAUAGUAUCACUGUGGCUCUUUUGGAGGCAGUGGUAGUAUUUUUGCUAAAUAAUACUAUACUGUGAUUUACAAUAUUGAAAUUCAAAUCUGUUUAGCAAUUGGAGUUAACAUUUGUACUGUUAGAGUUAUUUCACUGAAUUUAGGCAUAUGGUUGAAUUGCUGAAUUAGUUAACAGUAGACUUUAUCAACAAGGCCAAAACUCUUACCAGUGUAAAACCUUCCGGCAGGUGAAAUAGUCAAUAUAUUGAUCUAAAAUAGUACCUCUUCAUCUAUCAGUAUUGUUAACUUUGUUUCAAACAGGGUUCACUGUCUUGAAGUAGAGAUAAUCCUGUACGUCAUUAUUAUAAUUCUAAAGAAAUGCUGAAAAAUGAUACCAGUCUCUAAUCCGGAAUAACCUUAAAUUUUUCAUUUUUGUCAUAAAUGGAAACAUUUCUAAUUGACAGUAUGUAGCAUAUGUGUAUAUGUAAUGUUCAGAAUUGCAGAUUUUUAAAAGUUUCUAUUUUUAAUUUGAGAAAAUAUUCCCAGUUCAUUUAAAUAAAAAGGAUCUUGCUUAACUACCUUA